AUGUUUGCGAGCAAGCACAUUAUGUUUGCAGAAGAUGGAGAUUCUGUCGCGCAACUUGGUGUUAUAUGUAGCGAAGCAUAUCUCAAGGAAACAUUCUUGCCUGCCGUUGUACAUGAUGUUGUAAAAGCCGAGAAAUUCUAUAACAAGAAAUCUGCGGCUGUGCUUAGCUUCCUGGUGGCUAUUGCACGGCCAAAGGAAUGGCAAAAUCAGGCAUGA